AUGUAUAGCUUGCUUGAUUUUGAUUACAUCGCAGAGUCAUUAUUGCAUGAUUUGAAUGAUUUGGACAAGAUUGGUGAUAAGUUCGAAGUGGGUUCCAUGACCUACAAUGUCAUAGUCUUUCCUUCUGCAAAAAACCUGAAGAAGAUCAUUCACGACUAUUUGCUGAAUUCUUCAUCCAAUGGUGGUAAGGUGACUAUCAUGGGUGAAACUCCUUCUCUGGUUGACAUCACUCCUGAGCCAGAACUUAUCUCCAAACUUGUUGCAAAAAGUGAGUUUAUUCCUUUCACUUAUGAGGCCUUCCACGAGUCCUUGUUGCCUUUCAGAGAAAGUAUUCUUGGGUUUGUUGAUCCAAAGGAUCCAUUGUACUUGCUCUACACUCGUUACAAGGGGAGCAUUCUAUACAAUCUGAGAGAGGAAUCAGACGGAUCCAGGUGGUUGUUCAAGUGCAACACCGACAAAGUUCAACAGAGACCUAACGCUUUGAUCACUUUGAAGGGAACCUGGGAUCUAACUGGAUUGGACACUAUCAAUGGUGGCAAGUUUGCGAAAUCUUCCAGAGCAGAGGCUAUUCAAGUCACUGUUGGGCAAACGAGUUCUGAGCUUAUUUUAGCAAAGCCUGUUGGGUUCACUUUGGAAGACCCCAACCCACUUUUGCUUGACAGAGCCUUUCACAAGUUGCCCGAUGAUACCUGA